AUGGAGAUGCUGCCGAUAUCGCCGUUUGCAUAUAGUUUCUUCUAUUUUGGCUUCGGCAUCUUUAUGUCCGACUACGUUUCCCUGUUUUUCAACUGCACCUUCAAAAACAGCUACACAGCAUCCCUGCAGUUCUCGAAGAUCAUGGGUGAUGCCUUGCAUUAUUUUCUGGUUGGCAUGAUGGCACUUUGCAUUAAUGGAUAUCAUGUGAAUGGCGUCCUGUUUUGGGGCAGCAUGUCCUUUAUAUUUCUGGGCUAUAUCUACUUGUUGUGGGUGGUGAAUACGAAAUACGAGUUAUUUGGACGUCGCGACUUGGUCAAUGACUUUACGCAUACGCACUCCAUGAAUGCCUGGACCUUUGUUUUCGUCUACUUUUUUGUCAUGUUUCUGGUGAUGCUGAUAUCCUACUACUCAUUGCGACAGUUGAAGAGACAGAGAUCAAGAUCGAGUAUUUUUCACCAAAGCGACACAUUCUCUGAUAUACCCAGCGAAGCGGAAAUCUCUGGCAAUAAUGUAAGGAUCACGAAUAUGACUAAACUGGGCAUCUGGUGGCAGACUGUCAAUGGCUUUGCGAAUUUGAAGGAGCGCAACAAAAUCCUAGUGGCAAUACUAUCUCCCUUUUACUUUAUAGUGGCCAACAUGAUACCGGUGAUUGACAUGGAACGUCCUUUGCACGGCUGGUGCAAACCUGUGGCAAUCAUCAGCUUAGUGGUUCUUCCCUUUUUGACGCUGGGACUGAAGCCCAAAACUCACACUUGGUACACGCUGUCUGCCAUCUCUUGGUUCUUUGCAUUUGUUGCCAGUAUCUCAACGGAAUCCCUACGUGAACCGAGCUAUAUUUGGCUAAGGAUCUACUCCAUAAUUGGACUGCUCGUUUAUUCAAUUACAAUGCACACGGUCAUCGGGGAAAUUGACAAUCUAAUAUGGCAAUUCAUGAGCAUGCGAUUCAGUCCCAUGCCCGACAUGAUAGCAAUCAUGUUCAUCAGCACCGGCGAGAUCUGUUGCAUGUCCGUGCUGCUCGGCAGUCUCAUUCGCCGGAGGAUGCUCGAUGCAGCCUACGGCGCGGUUAUGUCCGCUCUCUCUCACACCAUUUACAUGGCCUUGCCCCAACUGGUCCUCCAGGAGUGCUACAAUUCAAACAUCUAUAUAAUCUGCACCUCGAAAACCUUCUCGUGUACGGUGUUCUUUGUGAUCAUCUUUUUUGGGACACUCUUGCAUGUUUCGAUGAGUGGAAAUGAGUUUCGCAUGUCGCUCUUCUUCUAUCUGGUCACACUGUACACGGCGUAUCUACUCUUCCAACUGAUGACCUAUUACCAUCUGAUUCAUCCCUUUGGAAUAGCACACACCAUCCGACCGCCUUCCGAUUCCGAAAAUGUGUGGGCCUAGUCGGAACUAUCCACAUAAAUAAUGUUACUUCUAAUGUACCUACGACUCUAAUCCGAUUCUUAGCGAUUUAUGAUUUCACCGAUUUACAAAUGUGCCCAACUCCUGUUCCCAACUCCUUUUCCAAGGACUAACAAAGAAGCUUUUGUGCUUAAAUUUGGCAUAACGUCAGGGCAACAAAAAGACCGAAAAAUAAAAAAACGAUGCCUACUUCGAGGGUUGUCAACGUUGCAACGUUGUGUCCUUGUUCCUAGGCAAAUGUGAA